UAUUGGCUCGAUAAUCGAAAAAAUCUACUCGAUAUGUUCGAUACCAAAGUUAUCGCAGCUGACAAGUAUCAAUGGGCGCGUAUCGACAAAUUGGCCGACAAAUUUAAUUCGAAAACAAUGCGUAAAUGUGAUAUUUGUAAUAAAACAGAUGAGGGAAGCGAAGAUGACGAUGUUUACAUGUACGGAGAGUGGAUGACCAGAUGUAAAAUCACAGUGCAUUAUUUUUGUUUGAUGCUCUCAACACAUUUGCCACAACAUGGCGGCGACACCAGUGGAAUACUCGGUUUCAUGAUACGCGACAUACGCAAAGAGAUCCAAGCGGCACAACUACGCAAAUGCUUCUAUUGCCUUGGGCCAGGCGCCAGCGUAGAGUGCCACAAGUGUCAUGAAAUCUUCCAUUUGGCGUGCGGCAUGGAAAGUCAUUGUGUUAACUAUUUCCGUGAUGACUUUCGCAGCUAUUGUAAAGAUUGUGCACCACGCGACAAAUAUCAAAAGCAACUGAUGGCGGCGCCACAGUCAGUUUUCAAAAAUCUACGUUGCGACAUUUGCUUUGACAGUAUCCGUGUGUUUAUAUUGUCCAAGGUGGUGUAUGGCGACUGUUGUCGCAAGGGAUUUGCCCACAAGGUCUGCAUGCGACGCUAUGCUUAUUCAUCCGGCUACUAUUUGCGUUGUCUGUGGUGUCGCGAUGUGAAAUUCCACGAGACGAUUAAACUGCAGUCGGUCUUUGUGCCAGAUCGCGAUGCUACCUGGGAGCUACAGAAGAAUGCAUAUAGCGAAUUGCAUUCAAAGCCCUUGCAUUGUGAUGAAGCGGAAUGUUUGUGUCCUAAGGGUAGAAGUUACAGUAAGACCUAUAACUGGAACAUCCAGUUGUGCAUUACAUGCGCUGCCUAUGGUUCGCAUUUCAAGUGCCGGAAGGAUGGUGCUAAAGAUUUCAAAUGCGAAUUAUGCAAAGUAAUCGAAGCGAAGAUGCAGAAAUCAAAAGACAGAAACAAAGAGCAAAAUUCACAAAAAAGCAACAAGGAGCAAACAAAUACCACGAGUCAAUUGGAUACCACAUUAUAUUUGUCCAAGAAUUCGCCAUCGCUAGCAUCGGAUGACGAGGCGCUUCAUGCCACAGACGAGGAGAGCUGCUCCACUGAGGCCAGCAUUGUAACAGUUAUUGCCUCGCAACUUCGCAAAUCGACGAUCUCAGAACCAAACGAAACACCAACACCAACAAAUGAAAUUGCUCUUGAAACACAGACACCAACACCAACACCUGAAGUUGCUAUUGAAACACCAACACCAACAUGUGAAGAUGCUGUUGAAACACCAACACAAACACUAACACCUGCAGCUGAAGUUGCUGUUGAAACAUCAACACCAACAUGUGAAGAUGCUGUUGAAACACCAACACCUGCUGUUGAGGCUGAAGUUGCUGUUGAGGCAAUGGUGAUUGAAAUGCCGGAUUCGCAGAAGAUUGAAUUCCGUUUGCGCAACCGCCACCAACACCUGAAGUUGCUAUUGAAACACCAACACCUGCUGUUGAGGCAUUAAUCAACACCAACACCUGCAGCUGAGGCUGAAGUUGCUGUUGAGGCAAUGGUGAUUGAUCUACCGGAUUCGCAGAAGAUUGAAUUCCGUUUGCCACAACCGCCGCUUUUACUCCGCAAGAGCUUCACACAUGGUGAACACUUCUAUUUACAGGUCUAUGACUAUCAGGAGCAGUAUCCCGAGCGCUGCGUGGGCACUUGGACAUUCCGCUUUCUCAUGAACGAUGCACGGAUUCAGGAUUGUUCUGAGCAGGCGUUGGAGCAGCUGCAGCCAACGAUGUCAGAUGUUUGGACACGUGAUAGAAAUCGUGGCAUCUACGACAAAAUUGAUCACAAAGUAAAAGGAGCUGGCAAUGUCAUCAAUUUAAACUAAAGUGCUUGUCAGCAUAUGACUAUUUGUAAUGCUCAUUCGUUUAACUAAGUUAAUCGAACAUCGUUAGUAAUAUUGCAAAUAUUUUUUUUUUUACAAAAAUUCGCUUUUGCU